GCUGAUAGUCAAAAAUGAACUUUUAAAACUGUUACCAUUCUUUUACUAGUGUCAUUAUGGUUGUUUAAACGGGGGAUAAUUUUACUAAUGCUACCUGAUGUAUGUUUAUACAGAAUGUAUUUUCACAAGCAAUUUAUGGUCAUAUAAACGAGUUUUAUGUUGAUAGCGAUAACUUUCUAAAACUCUAAAGGCUUUGGUCUUUGUAUUGAUGCAUACUAACUGACAUGAUCAGCCAAUUACAAUAUACAUUGAACUUUUAUUAAGCACACUUAUACGAACCCAUACUCACAGUUAAAUAAAUAUUAACUUGUAAACAGCCGUAAGGCGUAACAUGCAUGUGAACUCUAUCUGUGUGUGCUUAGAUUACCUGCAUCCUCAAGGCUAUUUCAUGUAAGUAACUUCAAAUAUGUACAUGUAUUUUAACAAAGCGUCGCUUUGAAUGUAUUUUCCAGUGUCUAUUCAAGAUUAAAUAGUUGCUGUCGUAAGUUUCUUGCUUAUCGGCGAAGUCGCAUUCGCUUACCGCGCCUAAUGCUGUAGGAAUUCCCAAACAGAAAGCGGAUCUCAACAGCAUUGUAGCGACACAAUUAUUUAGAUACAAGGAUCUCUGUCAUACCACAGCCAGUCAGAGCGAGAGGCACAACAGCACCACCUGUGCUGGAUUUAUACCUCUGCGAUUGUCGCAGUUAACAAAACGAGGCUAAUGAGUCACUGGAUACAAGGAGUGACGGUGCUGCUCGUGGCGGCGUUGACGGGUGUGCACGGCAGCCAGUACGUCAGUGUGUGCUACUACACCAGCUGGUCUGCUGGAGCCAACAACAACAUCCGGCUCCCUGUGGAGGACAUCGACCCAGGGAUAUGUACCCAUCUUGUUUAUGCGUUUGCAAAUCUAGACCAGUACUCUAUGAAACUCGUGGCGGCUGACGCAAGGUCUGAAGACCCCGUGGGUGGAAAUGGACGGUACACCCAUUUCAAUAAACUUAAAGAAAGAAACUCGAACCUACACACGCUGUUGUCCGUAGGAGGUGAAAACAGUGCUUUGUCAGAUAGGUUUGCACACAUGGCAAGCAAAACGGAGUGGAUUACCAAGUUUGCCAGAUCUUCUUCGGAGUUUUUGCGGAAACGAGGCUUUGAUGGCCUUGACAUUGACUGGGAGUACCCUAACGCCACAACCAAGCAUUUAUAUGUGAAACUUUUACAGGGGGUCCGAACGGAGUUCGACCGUGAGGCGGAGGAGACGGGUAGACGCCGGCUGUUGCUGACGGUGGCGGUGGCGGGAGGGGAAGAGAAGAUUUUGGCCGGAUAUGACAUCAGAAGCAUUACAACACACGUGGACUAUAUUUUUCUGAUGGCGUAUGACUUCUUUGGAUCUUGGAGUACAGUGACUGGAUUCAACAGCCCUCUUAAAGAAAGAAGUGAUCCAACAUUUUCCAAACUUUAUAACGUUGACCAUGCCGUCCACGUGUGGGUGAACGGUGGGGUGGACAAGCGGAAGCUGGUUGUGGGGAUGACGGGGGCUGGAGCCAGCUUCGUCCUCAACGACACCGAUGACCAUGCAGUAGGCGCACCCGUGAAGAAAGGGGGUGGGCCACCCGGUACCCUGUAUGCCCAGCCAGGGAGACUCAUCUACCCCGAGAUAUGUUUGGCCUUGAACGUGAACUGGAAGAGGGAAUGGGAUGAGGAACAGCAAGUACCCUUCGCUUACUCUGGAGAUAAUUGGGUCGGAUACGAUGACAAACAGAGUGUAGGAUUAAAGGCGAAGUACAUCAUUGAUCAACAGUUGGGAGGGGCGAUGUUCUGGGAACUAAGUUUUGACGACCCCAAGGGCAAAUACUGCGAGAAAGGGAAGUUCCCGCUCCUCAACACAAUCAAAAAAGCGUUUGGACUUGAAUCUGGAGAAACGCCACUCACGAAGAACAUUGACCCGGAUAUAGUUCUAAUGACCAAGGGCAAGGGGUCGACAACUCUGUAUAAAACUGGAUUCUAUACUGUUAUAAGUGCUUUAGUCUGUAUCUGUCUUUGUCAAUGGUUUAUGAAGUUGUGAUUAUUGUAUCUGUGUUUGUUAAGUUUUGUUUGAAUGAUUUACGAAUUUAUACUGCAUGAAAUUACAUGAUGUUUAAAUGUGUUCAAAGUGUGGAUUAACGUUUCAAGGAAAUAACAAAUCCGGAUGAUAACUACAAAUGACUAUCAUACCAAUCAAAAUAAAGUAGAACAUCUGUGUUUCUAUUCUAUCUCCAAUGACAAUAAUCUGAAAUGACAGGGUGAACUAACACUAAUAUUUCUACUACUCAAAAGAAGUCAGCGAACACCUGAUUCUUUCAUAUUUAUAUUCUUAGUCUGUCAUGCAACGAUGAACUAUCGUGAUGUGAAAUAUUCCCCCAGAAUAUUUGAUGAUGCGACAGGCAUA